AUGUCUAAUGCUAAGGCUGUCCUGCAAGGGUGUGAUGACUACUGGACCUUACAGGAGAAGGAGCGUAUGCCUGUGCUCUUUCAAACCACGGUAUGCGUGGACAUACAGGUCCUUUCCCCAGGCGAGUGGACAGCAUUUAACUAUGUCUCGGCCCCUGCACCCAGCUAUGAACUUGCUCUGCAAGGGGAUGCAAACAACCUGUACGCCUGGUUGUUGGGUGUACGCCACCAGUUCCCUGUCCAGCUGACCACUAAUCGCUGGUACCACAUAUGUCUACGGUUGGACGCCCCUCGCAAAAGCUUCAGCCUGACGAUAGGUGGCAACUCGGAAGUAUUCCAGCGGACCGUCAUUGCCCGAACAAUCCGUCCUUCAGGGCGUCUUCUGCUGGGUUGCCAGCCAAACAAAGCCUCCCCUGGGGCAAAAAUGGCCACCGUGGAGCUCUACCUGUUCCGCAUUUGGGACGAUGUUGGUGAGCACAAAGCCUGCGAGGAUGGGACAGUGAUUGGCUGGGACUCACGACUUUGGGCCAUCACACGAGCCCAGGCUAGAGUCCAAGAUUAUACAUUGCAAUGUGGUCUAGGGCAUCUGCGUAUGAAACGCAGUGCAGACAGUACUACAACUUCAUCCACAUCCCAAGUUUCAGCCAGCACCCCAGAGUUUGUCUCGACAUCUAGUCCACUCCAAAUGAUUUUGACUUCAAUAAUCACUGGUUCACUGAAAUCCAUCACCCAAGGCAAAGGACUGUGCCCAGAGCACGAUAUUGCGCCCUCUGGAGGGGGUUUUGUGUACUGCACAUCUCCAAUGUCUUAUGAAGAUUUCUGCAAGACCCAGGGUCCUGUCAGUGUGACAUGUUCUUAUAAUGAGAAUGGUUUCAUUCCUAAAGAAUUCACUAAUCAAUUCUGCAAUGAGACCUAUUAUGCUGUUCGUCUAAAUAUUACAAGCCCAGAUGUGAAUUUCAUCUACAUUCAGAACAUGUACAACAAAUAUGACACACAAUACAACAACCUCACCAGUCAGCACAACAGAUACAACAUACAAAACAACAACCUCACCAGUCAGCACAACAGAUACAACACACAAUAUAUCAACAUCACCAAUCAGUACAACAAAUAUGACACACAAUAUGAUAAUCCCACCAGUAAGCACAACAGGUUCACCAUUCAAUACAACCACCUCACCAGUCAGCACAAAAGAUACAACAGACACUAUAAUAACCUCAUCAGUAAGCACAACAGUUACUUCAAACGAUAUACCAACAUCACCAUUCAAUACAAUCCCACCAGUAAGCAGAACAGGUACACCAUACAAUACAACAACAUCACCAGUCAGCACAACAGAUACAACACACAAUAUAAUGACCUCACCAGUCAGCACAACGGAUACAACACACAAUAUAACAACCUCACCAAUCAGCACAACAGAUACAACAAACAAUAUAACAACCUCACCAAUCAGCACAACAGAUACAACAAACAAUACAAGAACCCCACCAGUCAGCACAACAGAUACAGCAGACAAUAUAAUAACCUCACCAGUCAGCACAACAGAUACAACACACAAUAUAACAAGCUCACCAAUCAGUACACCGUACAAUACAACAACCUCACCAGUCAGCACAACAGAUACAACAGACUAUAUAAAAAGCUCCCCAGUCAGUACAACAGGUACCUCAAACAAUAUACCAACAUCACCAAUCAGUACAACAAAUAUGACACACAAUAUAACAAUCCCACCAGUCAGUGUAACAGUCAGCGCAACAGAUACAACAUACAAUACAACAACUUCACCAGUCAGCACAACAGAUGCAACACACAAUACAACAACCUCACCAGUCAGCAAGCCAGAUACAACACACAAUAUUACAAGCUCACCAAUCAGCACAACAGGUACAUCAAACAAUAUACCAACAUCACCAAACAGUACAACAAAUAUGACACACAAUAUAAUAAUCCCACCAGUAAUCACAACAGGUACACCAUACAAUACAACAACCUCACCAGUCAGCACAACAGGUACAUCAAACACUAUACCAACAUCACCAAACAGUACAACAAAUAUGACACACAAUAUAAUAAUCCCACCAGUAAGCACAACAGGUACGCCAUACAAUACAACAACCUCACCAGUCAGCACAACAGAUACAACACACAAUAUAACAACCUCACCAGUCAGCACAACAGAUACAACACACAAUAUAACAACCUCACCAGUCGUUACAACAGAUACAACAAACAAUAUAACAACCUCACCAGUCAGCACAACAAUCAGCAUAACAGAUACAACACACAAUAUAACCAGCUCACCAGUCAGCACAAGAGAUACAACAAACAACAAAAGAACCUCACCAGUCAGCACAACAGAUACAACACACAAUAUAACAAGCUCGCCAAUCAGCACAACAGAUACAACCUCACCAGUCAGCACAGCAGUCUGGAUCUAGGCCGAACAGUGCUGUCUGUCAUCAACAACUUUCUAAACAGCUCUACAGAUACUGUGUCUGCCUCCUCAAACCGAUUAAUCAAAGCUGUGGAUAAUUUGGGUCUGAAACUUGUGAUUGGGGACCAGACUGAAAACAUCGCAUUUAAUUCACUUGCUUUGACUGUGACCAAAGUUGAUGGGACCAACUUUGGGAAAACAUCACUCACAAUUGCAGAUCCCUUAAACCCACAGGUGACAAAAGGACUUCAAAGACAAGUCAGGGCAGUGGAAAGUUCCUCCCCCAUGGCUAAAAUAACACUACCUGCAUCUCUGACAGAGAACCUCUCUCCAGAAGAAAAGAAGAUAGCCUCUAGAGUCCAGUUCACCUUCUUUCAGAAAAGCACAUUUUUUCAGGAUAAAACCCUGAGUCCAAAGAAGCUGAACAGCUACAUUCUAGGCUCUAGUGUGGCUAACCUGUCAAUCAAAAACCUGAGGGAGAAUGUUAUAUUUACUCUGAGGAAUCAGCAGCCCAUUGCGGGGAACUAUGUAGCUUCCUGUGUUUUCUGGGACUUUGACCAAAACGGAGGUUUAGGAGGCUGGAAUGGCAGCGGCUGCUCUGUCACAAACAGCAGCACUGAGAACGAAACUGUCUGCAGCUGCAAUCACUUGACAAGCUUUGCUGUACUACUGGACAUUAGCCGGCAAGGUAUAUCUGACCGUUUGCAGAACACCAUCCUCACCUUCAUUACUUAUAUCGGAUGUGGCGUGUCUGCCAUUUUCCUCUCGGUUACGCUGAUCACCUACCUCGCAUUUGAAAAACUCCGCCAUGACAUCCCUUCGAAGAUCUUGAUCCAUUUGUGUUUCGGCCUGCUCAUGCUGAAUUUGGUAUUCUUGGUGGACUCGUGGCUGGCGCUGUACAAAGAUGCUGUAGGCCUGUGCAUUUCCACAGCCUUCUUCCUGCACUACUUCCUGUUGGUCUCCUUCACCUGGAUGGGACUGGAGGCUCUGCAUAUGUACCUGGCCAUCGUCAAAGUCUUCAACAACUUCAUGUCCCGAUACAUGCUAAAAUUCUCCCUGGCAGGCUGGGGAAUCCCUUUGGUUGUCGUCAUUAUUGUGAUUGCGGUGAACAAAGAUAACUAUGGCCUCGUAAGCUAUGGGAAAUUUUCUGACGGAACUACAGAUGAGUUUUGUUGGCUGAGCAAUGACAUAGCAUUCUAUGUGGCCGUUGUGGCGUACUUCUGCGUCGUAUUUGUGUUGAACCUGGCAAUGUUCGUGGUGGUGAUGGUCCAUCUGAGACGAAUCAAGCGCCGAAACCCUCACAAUAAUCUGUACCGCAGCGGCUUGCAUGACCUUCGUAGCAUCGCAGGACUUACGUUCCUGCUCGGGCUUACAUGGGGCUUUGCCUUCUUCGCCUGGGGGCCGGUCAAUUUGGCCUUUUCAUACCUGUUUGCCAUCUUUAAUUCCCUACAGGGAUUUUUUAUUUUUGUUUUCCACUGUGCUCUGAAAGAAAAUGUCCGUAAACAUUGGAGAAUGUACCUCUGUUGUGGCAGUUUACGAUUGGCUGAGAAUUCAGAGUGGAGUCGGACAGCCACACAGAGCAACCACACUAAAAAGACUUCGAUCAUGACGGCAGAUUCAGGGACCCGCAGUGUACCCCGAAGCUCAGUGAGCAGUGAUGAGUCAGUGCCAUCCCAAGGCAUCGGCUCAAUGCUGGAUGACAGUGUGAUCAUGUCAGGGGAAGCAAAUGACGAUGUGAUCAUCAAUGAAAUGAACAGACAAAUCUAUUCUUAGAAGAGGAAUAUAAACACAAGACAGGAAAAUAGGUGAAGAAACAGACCUUUUCUAUCAGGCCUGAAAAAAAAAUGUAUUACCAAGAUGAGAAUCUAAUGACUCGGCUCAAAAUAUCUUCUCAUCAGUUUGUCUGAAUCAAUGUUACAUGCAUUAAAGCUUUCAGCAUUUAGCUUUAUAGCCAGACAUUUCGUUAUCUGUUAGAACUGGGCUGCUCACAGCAGAGUAAUGAAUAGCAAGAGCAUGUACCUAUGGGAGUCAAUAUGUAAGAAGAUCUCUCUGUACCGAGAAGUGAGGUAUAUUACGCUUUUGGGGUUUUAAACUCCUAUAUAUUUUCAGCAAACAGUAUUAAACACCUCUUCUGCAAAAAAUAAAUGAAGCACAGAUGAUGCAUUGCAUCAGAUGGUACUUAAUAAAGGUUUUAUAAUUGAUGAAGGACUACAUUUAAAAUGAAGGAAAACAUUCGGUCUUAAAAAGCAUGUAUAUCUGUCAGACACCUUGUAGAAAGACUGAGAUACAGUAUGUUCUGUUUUCCAUAUAGCUCUUUAUUUUUAUAGUCACUCUCAGUUUUGUAGUUUUUACAUAGAGGAUAAAAUAUAAUGAAUAUGCUAAUGGAUCAAAAAAUGUGUUACAUGUAAUCAAAUUUGCUUUCUUUGUACUGCGUA